GUUCAGGAAAGCAAUGUAACUGGGAAAGAAGCGACAGACCUUAAUAAUUGGCUACCCAUAACUGCAUCAAGAAAGGCGAAAUGGUGGUACUCAGCUUUCCACAAUGUGACAGCAAUGGUGGGUGCAGGAGUUCUAGGAUUGCCUUAUGCACUCUCUCAACUUGGCUGGGCUCCUGGAAUCCUGGCAAUAAUAUUUUCUUGGCUGAUCACUUAUUAUUCACUGUGGCAACUUGUUGAAUUACAUGAAGUGGUGCCUGGAAAGCGUUUUGAUCGAUAUCCGGAAUUGGGAGAGCAUGCAUUUGGGCCUAAGCUAGGGUACUGGAUGGUUAUGCCUCAGCAGACCAUUGUUCAGGUGGCCACAGACAUAGUUUACAUGGUCACAGGAGGGAAGUCAUUGAAGAAAUUUGCAUAUCUGAUUGAUUCAAGCAUUAUUCAUGUUAGACAGACAUACUUCAUCCUCAUAUUUGCUGUUUUACAACUUAUACUCUCCCAAGUACCCAAUUUCAAUUCAUUGAAAGGAAUCUCCUUACUUGCUGCAGUCAUGUCUUUCUGUUACUCAAUGGUGGCUUUCGUGGCAUCGGUGAUAAAGGGAAACAAUGGUCACCACCAGCAUCCAGUGAAAUAUGGGGUUAGAGGACACACAACAGCAAGCAUAGUGUUUGAUGCAUUAAAUGGACUCGGAACAAUAGCAUUUGCAUUUGCGGGGCACAGUGUGGCACUGGAGAUUCAGGCCACAAUCCCUUCGACACCAGAGAAGCCAUCAAAGAAACCAAUGUGGAAAGGAGUUGUGGUUGCUUAUGUCCUUGUUGCAUUCUGCUAUUUCACAGUUGCAGUGUCAGGUUACUGGGCUUUUGGUGUUGAUGUUGAGGAUGAUGUUCUAAUUUCCUUGGAGAAACCUCGCUGGCUUAUCGCCACGGCUAAUCUCAUGGUGUUUUUUCAUGUCCUUGGAAGCUAUCAGGUAUUUGCUAUGCCAGUGUUUGAUAUGAUUGAAUCAUUCAUGCUAAACAAACUACACUUUACUCCUGGACUACCCCUUCGCCUUGUCGGUCGUAGUAUAUAUGUUGCUUUGACAGGGUUUAUUGGGAUGUGCAUUCCAUUUUUUGGAGGACUGUUAGGGUUUUUUGGUGGACUUGUCUUCUCAUCAACUUCAUAUUUUCUCCCAUGCGUCAUGUGGCUCGUCCUCCACCGACCCAAGAGAUGGAGCUUUCACUGGAUUGCAUCAUGGAUAUCAAUCAUUCUUGGUGUUUUGUUAGCAAUCCUUGCACCUAUAGGUGGAGCAAGAGAGAUUGUUCGUGCAGCCAAAACCUACAAGAUAUUUUCCUAA